AUGCAUAUUUCCUACAAUUUCCCUCAGUACGCAUCGAUGUUCUUGAGUCCGGAUGAUUACUUGUACAUCUUUUGGUGGCGUCUCUCUCUUCUCGAGUUUUUAAUUAAUUACUGUGGCAUGGUCACACUGUGCGGGACGGCAUUUCUGGCUCUAAAUCGAUGGAGUUCGAUUACGAAAGGUGUUCGGCAUUCUUUGGUAGGAACCCUUUCAUGUUAUCUAUAGUGAAUGUAUCUUCAGAAAAAUCCGAAAAUUAUGCUAUAGUUGCCGUAUUAUAAACAAGGUUUCAGUGGUGGACCGAGAACAUCAAGUGCAUCUACUUGACCUGCCUCACUCUCCCAUUGUGUUCCCAUUACGGAUUUCUCUUCACCAGAUCCUCUUAUAUUCUAGAAAGCAAUGAUUAUGUGACUGUUUACAGCGAGGAUAUGGAGAUUAUAUGUGCCUCGUGUAUCCUCAUCCAUCCUAGAAUCAUUACUCCCUUCAUCGAUCUUACAUUUCUGGUGGUUUGCUUACUUCUCAACGGGUGUACGGUAAUUGUUUUGCGAUCCAAAUGGGAGAGUGCGACCAAAGACAAACAAUGGAAAGUGCUUACGAUUAUAUGUGUCGCUGACAUGGUAUCUCACAUUCUCUGGGCGGGGUAUGAUGUAAGGACGUUAUGACAUACCUUUGUAGUUAUAUAUACUAAGAUUUACAUUACAUUUGGUAUGCUUGAAGGUGAUGGGAUACGUCGCCAUGAAUAACAAGAGCCUGGAAGUGUGGACCUUCACCAUUUACCCCUUUAUCGACGACUUGGACCCGUUUAUUUGUGGCUGGGUUUUGAUCUGUUGUAAUCGGAAGAUCAGAUCCAAACUUUUCCGAUCUCAAAGCCUCUCACACGAGAGUUUCUCGCAGAAACCAAUCUUGGUGGCCGCAAGCAGGUAGUUGCGCAGAAAAGAUUCACAAAUUACGUCGUUUAGGCCACAGCCGGGUCUGUCUUAUCGAAAACCGCCCGAAGGCAUAUGA